GUUCCUUUGGAUCUGUGGAGUUGUUGCAGUGUUGAGAGUGCGGGUGUUUGCUUUCCGGCUUGGACAAUAUUUUAUUAAAGGCUGCGCUGUUUUGACUGUGGAUUCCAAGAACCAACGGGUAUUUUUCUUUCCACAAGGAUUCUUCUCACCCAGAUUGGAGGUUGUGAGGGCAGAAGGCUACAAUGGCCAUGCAAUUAAAUACUUCCGAGCUGGAUAUGGCUCAUGAUUCCGUCAUGAAGGUGUCAGAUUGGCAGUCUUACGGCUACGACUCUGGGAUCCAGUCUGGCGUCACCACCACAGCUCACUCUCUCCGUGGCACAGCAGACGACGGCGACUCUGAAUAUACCAAGAAAUACAUCACCACCACCACCACCACUUACACACAUGAAUCCCUGCCAGAGAUGGAGGCUCAGCUUGCGAUGACUCGUGGCCAGCGUGUUCGGGCUGCCAUGUUCCCCGAGACCCUGGUGGAGGGCACCCACAUCCUCUCCACUCAGACAGACCCCAGCCAGCAGACCAACGUCCAGAAGCUGGCCGAACCCUCCCAGAUGCUGAAAACGGCCAUUGUGCAACUUAUUAACUACCAGGACGAUGCAGAACUGGCCACACGCGCAGUCCCAGAGCUCACCAAACUGCUCAAUGAUGAGGACCAGGCUGUGGUGAACAAGGCCGCAAUGGUCGUGAACCAGCUGGCGCGCAAGGAAGCCUCUCGCCGUGCUCUCAUGCAGUCCCCCCAGGUGGUGGCGGCGGUGGUGAGGACCAUGCAGAACACCAGCGACAUGGAGACUGCCCGCUGCACCGCCAGCAUCCUGCAUAACCUGUCCCACCACCGGGAGGGGCUGCUCUCCAUCUUCAAGUCUGGGGGCAUCCCCGCGCUAGUCCGCAUGCUCGGCUCCCCGAUGGAAUCGGUCCUCUUCUAUGCUAUCACCACUCUUCACAACCUGCUGCUGCACCAGGAAGGGGCCAAGAUGGCUGUGCGUCUGGCCGAUGGCCUGCAGAAGAUGGUCCCCUUGCUGCAAAAGAGCAACCCCAAGUUCCUGGCCAUCACCACGGACUGCCUGCAGCUCCUGUCCUAUGGAAACCAGGAGAGCAAGCUGAUUAUCCUGGCCAAUGGAGGCCCUGAAGGCCUGGUGUACAUCAUGCAGCACCACACCUAUGAGAAGCUGCUCUGGACCACCAGCCGCGUGCUCAAGGUCCUGUCGGUCUGUCCCAGCAACAAGCCCGCUAUUGUCGAAGCCGGUGGCAUGCAAGCCCUGGGUAAACAUUUGACUGGGUCCAGCCCAAGGCUUGUCCAGAACUGCCUGUGGACGCUAAGGAACCUUUCGGAUGCUGCCACUAAACAGGAUGGUCUGGACGGGCUGCUACAGAUCCUGGUUACCCAGCUGAGCUCCACCGACCUGAACGUCCUCACCUGCUCCACGGGCAUCCUGUCCAACCUAACCUGCAACAACGGACGCAACAAGGCCCUGGUCACCCAGGACAACGGGGUGGAGUCCCUGAUCCAAGCCAUCCUGCGAGCGGAGCGGAAGGAGGACAUCACUGAGCCCGCUGUCUGCGCCCUGCGCCACCUCACCAGCCGGCACCCAGACGCAGAGCUGGCCCAGAAUGCAGUGCGCCAGCACUAUGGCAUCCCCACCAUCGUCAAGCUGCUCAACCAGCCCCACUACUGGCCCGUCAUCAAGGCUACAGUUGGAUUGAUCCGCAACCUUGCCCUCUGCCCAGCUAACCAGGGACCCAUCAGAGAUGCUGGGGCCAUUACCAACCUCGUCCGUCUGCUGGUGAAAUCUCAUCAAGAUGCCCAGCGCCACACCGCUGCCAGCUCUCAGACAUACCAGGAUGGCGUGAGAAUGGAGGAGAUUGUUGAGGGGUGCACUGGAGCACUCCAUAUUUUGGCUCGGGAUCCCAUCAACCGAUGCGAGAUCAUUGGCCUCCAGACCAUCCCUCUGCUGGUACAGCUCCUCUACUCCCCAAUUGAGAAUGUGAAGAGAGUGGCGGCUGGCGUGCUGUGCGAACUAGCUCUGGAUAAGCAGGCUGCAGAAAUGAUUGACGCGGAAGGAGCCUCGGCCCCUCUGAUGGAGCUGCUGCACUCCAACAAUGAAGGCAUUGCCACCUACGCUGCAGCUGUGCUGUUCCGUAUUUCUGAAGAUAAGAAUUCCGACUACAAGAAGAGGGUUUCUGUGGAGCUUACCCACUCUCUCUUCAAGCACGACCCUGGCGCCUGGGAUGCUGCCCACAGCAUGCAGUUGGAAGGACAGCCGCCAGUGUAUGUAGACGAAAUGGAGCCUGGCUACCCCCAGUAUGGGUAUCCUGCAGACCUGCCCAUGGAUCACAUGAUGGAACCUGAUAUGAAUGACAUGGUCGAUGGAGGCUACGCCAUUGAUGUAGACUAUGAUCCCAUGUUGAGACAGCCUUACCAUGACCAGUAUAACCAUGCAUAGAUCUGUAGCAUCACAGCAGAAGAUGUUGAACUUCAGAGCAAAGGACUGGGGGGUAAGACCGUACCAGAGAGAAACUGGAGAAAACUGACAAGUGCCUGGGACAAACUUUGUUGGCAGCAGCCAAUUCCUUUUGCUCUGGUUCAAGGGGCUUUUAAAGGGAGGGGGGGAUCCAAAAAAAAAACAAAAAAAACCACGAAAUUAAAAUGAAGCCAACUUGUAUUAUAAAGGCUUUUAAACAGAUUGUUUGUUUUAAGUACUGUGGAGUUUGUAAUGAUUUCCUUUGUAAUACUGGCACUCGUAUAUCAACAAGAUGUGUGUGUGUUUUAUUUUAGUUUUAUACAGCCUUCUUUUCUUUCAGAUAUAACAAUCUGAAGAAUUUAACGUGCAAUCUGGUUUGUAGCUGUUCGUGUGUGUUUUGGUAAGGGGGUUGUGGGGUGACAGUUUAGCUGUAUGUGUGAGUGUGUUUUGACCUCAUUUUGCAGAUCCUGAUCUACUGGUCUAAACAUGCCU